UUUGAUGGCACCGAGAGCACAUGUGCGCUUCCUUGUACAAGUCUUGGAAAGUUAUCUAAUACUCAUUUCGCUGUUACUUCACGAAAGUUUUGGCCAUGAAAAGUUCGAUUAGCUACUACGAAAGUAGAUGAUGGAACGUUUCUGCUCGCUUUGUCAGGUGAAUGGUUUGAAACGACGGCUUAUUCUGUUUCAAUUGAACUUGAAGGAGGCGAUUUUGCUAUGUGAAGACAAGGAUUGCGUUUACCCGCUUGGGGUUGCAAAGAAUGCCAACUUGAUUGUAAGUCGGAAAGCAACCGAGGUGACUUCGUUCUCAAACUUGAAGAGAAAACGUAAGAAGAGGCCAAAACAAAGUGAAUCAGAGGAACCAGAGAAUAUUUCCCCAGGAUCCAAGGCUGCAGAAAAGAUCUUGCAAUGGAGGAAUGUUGAUAGCCUUUGUUGGCUAAAUUCUCUAUUAUCUCUACUUGUAAAUAAUGUCACUGUGACAACAUCUCUGAGAAAUCUUAUGCAAAAAUCAGACUCACUGGUAAGGACAUUGACAGAGUCAUUCAACCAGGCUCAAGAAUUAUCAUCAACAAGCAAAGAACAAGCUGAAGUGAUCUUAAAAGAAAUCAGAGGGAUGAUUUGGACACAUUUGCAGCCGAAGAUGAAGUGUCAACUUGGAGUUAAUGAUAGUCCUGUUGCAGCUCUACCAUUGCUGUUACAGGAAAAUGAUUUGGUGUCUGAGAGGUUUCUUCAAGUUUAUCACUGGGAAUUUAGGUGUUCUGCCUGUGGGUAUCAACAAAUUGACAAAAGGAAGAAGCAUUUAGUCACUUUUCCAAACCUAGCAAAGGACUUCAGCUUGCAAAAUCUGGGAUUUACAAGGCCAUGUUACAGAUGUAAUGCUCUUGAUCAGGAGAGCAAACUUGUGUAUGACAGAAUGCCUGAUUGCAUUUUUCUUCACUUCGAGCAAGGAUUGAAAGGAGGGACAUAUGAAGAUCUUGAUUUUGAUGGGGAAUGUGGUCGCUAUAGUUUCUCACAGUUUAUUCAGUAUAAAAGGAAUCCAGAUCACUUUGUUUGCUGGACAAAGGACCAUGAAGGGAAAAGAUGGAUGGAAUUAGAUGAUCUAAAAUCACCAAUCUGCAGCUGGAGUUCCUCACCACCAAAUGUUCCUCUGUCAGAAGUGCAUAUUGCAGUUUGGGAAAAAGUGUCAGUUGUUAUCAAUCCACUGAUUCCUCCUCCUAAAUUUAAGGAGAUCAGCAGAACAGAAGUGAAAACCAACCAUAGUGCACAACCUACCCAGGACACAAGAUUUGGAAAGAUAUCCUCAAUGCCAUUGUUAAGUAUUGAUUGCAGUGCAACCUUCGCUCCAUCUCAAGAUAUCAACAAAUCACUUUGUUCAUCACCCCUUAAUUCCCCUGCAUUAUCACCAUCAAGGAGCAGAACAGUGUUAAAUUUGUCACUCAAAACCAAAAGUGAGCAAUUUGAACCUUACAUUCCCAGGAAAAAGAGACUUGUUACCCAAAGCUCUCCUAACUCUCCUAUAUGUAUUAGUAAUUCAAAGUUGAAUUGCAAUGGGAUUGCCCCACAACCAUUUUUGACAUGGCAAGAAGUCAAGGAACAAAACAAGAAGUUAAGUUUUGAUGAAUUGCAGAGUGACAGUGGAUACUCAAGUCCAGCAUCUGUAAGUUCAUGUGGUAGCCUUGUGAUUUGUCAGUCAAACAAGGAUGUAUCAGUUUAUGAACACCAGGAAGGACCUCAUGAAAAUGGCAAUGAAAAGCAAAAUGUUGCUGGGCAGAACAAUUAUCCAAAUGGCACAAAUCUUGUUUCCAAGAGCCCUGAUUCAUCUUCACGUAGAAGGAGCAGUGAUUUAGUAUGCGAGGUAAAUCCUCUUGACUUGGCAGAUAAACUUGAACAUCUGUUACCAGACUGUUUACUUGAGAAUCCCAGGGAUUCAGAAAAAAAUCCCAGGGAAUUAGCUGAGUGUAGGACAAUAGAUAGUAAGGAAACAAAGUUGGAGAACAUUGCACAACUUUCUGCUCAACAAGAUCAGUUUAUUCUUGACUUGCUGCUUACAUAAAAUGAUCCUUAGCAACUUUUUUUGUAUAAUUGUAACAUUAUUUUGCAAUAAAGAAACUGCUUCAUAUCACCAUGGAUAAGUGUGCAGC